ACCGUCCUGAGAGCUAAAUUGAGGUUCAUGUGUUUUGGAGAGGAGCAUUGCCUUCGCUCAGAAGGACACUGCACAGUGUUAUUGUCAAACAGCGCUGUCCAUUCAUGGAAAUACGAGGAGAGAGUUACAAUGUCAGAUAAACAAGCCGAAAGCUACAGUUAUGACUUCUGUGAUCAUGACCAUCCAGCCGAGGUCCUGGAUGCUCUGAGGCAGUUCUACAUCGGUGGUUUGUUUACAGACGUGACUUUGAAAUGCGGCUCCGGGCAGGUUUUCCACUGUCACAAGGCGGUUCUGUCAGCCCGGAGCCCCUAUUUUAAAAUAAUGUUCACCGCUGAUAUGAGAGAGAGGUCCAAGAGCGUUAUCAAGCUGACCGGGAUUGACUGCGAUGUCCUGGGUGUUUUGGUGAACUACAUGUACAGCGCUCGGGUCUGCAUCACGGAGAGCAACGUGCAGAGCCUGCUGGAAGCCGCCGAUCUCCUGCAGCUAAACUCCGUGAAACAAGCAUGUGAGGAGUUUCUCGUUCGCUUCCUGGACGUGGACAACUGCCUGGGCAUGCAUGCCUUUGCCCAGCUGCACGUCUGCCCUGCCCUGGAGAGGGAGGCCCGCCGGGUCAUGCUCAGCAGGUUCAUGGAGCUCAUUCAGGAGGAAGAGUUUCUGGAGCUGGACCGGGAGAAGAUGCAAUCAGUUCUGGCUGCCCAGAGCCUCGCCGUUUGGAAGGAUGAGGUGCUGAUAGAUGCUGUGGCCAAAUGGGUCACCCAUGACUUUGAUAAUCGCGUUUAUCACGUCUCAGACCUGCUGCAUUCCAUCCAUUUUGACCUGGAUGAGAUUUACUUCAAGACUGCUGUGGAUGUGUACAGACAAUGCUUACUGAGCAGAGAGGGGAAAAUUAAAUCCACAAUCAUUCAGGCUUUAAGGACCAACUGCAAAGAGAUGUCAGUAAGUGGCAGAAAACUAUCCUCAAGCAUGUACAUCAUUGGAGGAUACUACUGGCAACCCCUUCCUGAGGUUCACAUAUGGGAUCCUAUGAGUGAUUCAUGGCUGCAAGGGAAAGAUAUGCCUGACCACACAAGAGAGAGCUAUAGUGUCAGUUUACUUGGGGCAAACAUCUACGUGACAGGAGGUUACACGACAAACACUGUCGAGGCUGUAGAUACAGUUUCAGUAUAUAACUGUGACUAUGAUGAAUGGACAGAGGGCUGCCCCAUGAUUACAGCCAGGUACUACCAUUGCUCUGUGGCUUUGCAUGGCUGCAUUUAUGCCAUUGGAGGCUACAGAGGAGGAGCUCCUGAGUCAAAGACAGAGUUUUAUGAUCCCUUAAAAAAGAAAUGGUUCCCUGUGGCCAGUAUGAUACAAGGUGUAGGAAAUGCUACUGCUUGUGUUAUGGAGGAUAAAAUCUAUGUGACUGGAGGCCACUAUGGAUACAGAGGAAGCUGCACCUAUGAGAAAAUCCAGGUCUACAGCUCAGACAUCAAUGAGUGGAGUAUAGUUACAGUAAGCCCUCAUCCAGGUAUGUGGAAAAGAAAAGGGGGAAGGAGCAUAGAUAUGCAUAAUAAUGUUUUUUUUUUUAAUCAAAUAUUUAAUGUUUCAGAGUAUGGGCUGUGCUCUGUGUCUCUCGACAACAAGCUGUAUCUGGUGGGCGGACAGACAACCAUCGCCGACUGCUAUGACACGGAGAGAAAUGAAUGGAGAUCGACAUCAGUCAUGAAGGAGAGGAGGAUGGAGUGUGGGGCUGUCGUAAUAAAUGGGUGUAUUUAUGUAACAGGAGGAUACUCCUACUCAAAAGGGACGUAUCUGCAGAGCAUUGAGAAAUAUGACCCCGCACUGGACUCUUGGGAGAUUGUAGGGACGCUUCCUACCCCAGCCAGAUCACAUGGAUGUGUUUGUGUUUACAGUGUUUAGUGUCAAUCCCUUAUCACAAAGCUUAUAUGUCUGUGGUACUUUUGUGCCAUGUUUUUUAGGAGAAUUAAUGAAUUGUAAAGUGACAAAUUUUUUACAUGGGUCAGUUUUUUGUGCUGCAUAAUUACCUUCACAGAGAUAUAAAUACAAAUGCCAAACAAUGAAUACACUAAAGAACAAUCAUGGCACCAACUCAGGGAUCACUUGAUUGUAAGUUAGACUACUUUUAUGGUGUGCAGUGGCACCAAACACUCAAAAGAGAAGGAAUAUAAGCUUUAACUAAGAAUAUCAGUAUCACUUCAGCUUGGACAUAACAAAGCCUCCGUUCAUUAUUUUGCUUUUACAAGAGCACCCUAACCUAGUAGUGCUAUUCCACCAUUUUGCC